UCUGACUACUACCCGCACCUGAUGCCCAGUGUGGGAUUCGGAAAAUCGUCCUCGCGUGUGUACAGAUGCCGCUCAGAGACCAAGCGGUACAUAACCAGCCCGAGAGUGGCUGAGACCUUGGUGCGGAUCCUACGGGGAAAACGAAAAUCUUGCCAGCUAUUCCUGGAGUGCAAUCCAGGUCCUGGAAUCCUGACGCGAGCAUUGCUUGAAAGUGGUGCCAAAGUGAUUGCCCUUGAAAGUGACAAGACUUUUAUUCCACAAUUGAAGUCCUUAGGAAAAAAGGUGAAUGGAAGACUAGAAGUGGUCUACUGUGACUUCUUUAAACUGGAUCCUAGAAGUCGUGGAAUACUAACACCUCCCAUUAUGACUUCAGAUAUGCUUUUUCAGUAUUUGGGAAUAGAAGCACAGCCUUGGUCAAAAGGUGCCCCUUUAAAAGCAGUUGGGAUCUUACCACCUAAAAAUGAGAGAAAUGCACUUUGGAAACUUUUACAUGACCUAUAUUCCUGUACUUCUGUAUACAAAUAUGGAUGAGUAGAACUAAAUUUGUUUAUUACUGAAAAGGAAUGCCGGGAGUCUUGCUUAUCAUUUGGCACAUAUACUGCAAAUGGACAGCUGGCAAAGCAAAAGCAUAGGGAAUCACUAGAACAAAACCUGUG